AGCAGCAGCAGGCUGGGCUUAGGGCUCUAUUGUUCCCUGUUUUAUUACUGCCAGACCUCGUUCUCGCUCAUUAAGGAUCCAAGAGAGAAAGAGAAACAGAGAGGACGAGGGGAACGAGAGGAGACCUCAGCCCCGUUUGCCUGGGAUUACUUCUUCUUGGACGCACUGGUGUGGACAAAGCAGAAGCAGAAAACACACACACACACUUCGGUCCAGCUCCCUACCCCGGGCCAGGCUUGUUUUUUUUUUUCCUCUUGACUGCGUUGGGAACUGCAGUACUUGCCGUGCGGUGGCCAUGGAGCUGGCCGGCAGAGCUGUGGGGACGCUGGGGGUCUCGAGAGAGGCACCGCUCCCCUCUCUCUGGAGGAUAGCGCUGCUCUUUCUCUCCAUCUGGGAGAUGGAUGCACAAACCACAGUGGAAACUAAACCCCUGUACAUCUGGCAAACAGGUCCAUGGGGUCGUUGUAUGGGCAGUGAGUGUGGACCUGGUGGCAGCCAGAGCAGGGCAGUAUGGUGCGCCCACUCUGAAGGCUGGACCACGCUGCACACCAACUGUGACCAGACAGAACGGCCGGACAACCAGCAGAGCUGCUUCAGAGUGUGCGACUGGCACAAAGAUCUGUACGACUGGCAGCUGGGUGCCUGGAACCAGUGUGUCCCGGUGUCGAUGCGCAGUGCUGGAGUGCAGCGCCCCGCUGUGUGUACCCGGGGAGAGGAGGGCAUCCAGACCAGGGAGGUGGGCUGUGUCCAGAAAGCGAAUGGCGAGCCUGCAGAAGAUGCAAUCUGUGAAUACUUUGAGCCCAAACCACGCCUAGAGCAGGCCUGUCUUAUUCCCUGCCCACGGGACUGUGUGGUGUCUGAGUUCAGCCCGUGGACUAUCUGUUCAAAAACCUGUGGGAUGGGCUUACAGAACCGGAUCCGCUUCGUUCUGGCUCCUCCAUUGUUUGGCGGGGCUGCCUGCCCAAAUUUGACUGAGUUUCAGACAUGCCAACCAGGGCCCUGUGAGGGAGAAGAGAGCCUCUAUAGCCUCAGGGUGGGACCCUGGGGGCUCUGCUCUGUCCCACUGCCAAGGCAAGCCAGACAAGCUGAUAAACCACCCAGAGAGAGUGACAAACCUUCCAAGGAUGGUGAUAAACUUUCCAAAGAGGGUGACAAACAGUCUAGAGAGAGUGAAAGAACACCCAAAGGGGGUGACAAACAAUCCAGAGAGGGUAUCAAACUGUCCAGUGAGGGUGGCAAACAGUCAAAAGGAGGGGACAAACAGAGCAGAGAGGGUGACAAACAGCAUAAAGAAGGAGACAAAAGGUCAAAAGAGGGUGAUAAACUGUCCAGAGAUGGGCACAAACCCUCCAGACCCAACAGAAAAUUGGGCAGGGCGAACAGGAAACCAGACAGGCCGUCCCGACAGGCAGACAGGCCCAAACGACAGAAAAAGGCUAAAAACAAAGAGAAAAAAGAGAAAAUGAGAGAAAAGGUCCGGGACAGGUUAAGGGAGAGGGGUAAGGUGAAGGAUCCUGAGACCAGAGAACUCAUCAAGAAGAAGAGGAACAGGAACCGACAGAACCGCGUGGGAGGAAAGUUCUGGGACAUGCAGGUUGGCUACCAGACCAGAGAAGUGACCUGUGUGCAUAAGAGUGGGAACGUUGAAGCCCUCAGCCUGUGCUCUCAGGAGCUGUUGCCAGUGACCUUCCAGGCCUGUGUCAUGACCAAAGACUGUGAUGUGACCGAAUGGUCUGAAUGGUCAGCUUGCUCCAAGGAGUGCUACGACCCCAAUGGGCCCAAGGGAGAGCGCACUCGCACCAGAAAAGUGAGCCAGUUCCCAAUCAAUGGAGGAGCAGACUGUCCAGAGCUGGAGGAGAAGGAGCCCUGCAGCCCCCAGGGAGACGGAGUGCCACCCUGCAUUGUUUACAGCUGGAGGACUACAGAGUGGACAGAGUGCAGGGUGGAUGUGCUGCUGAGCCAACAGGACCGUCGGCGUGGAAACCAGACGGGGUUGUGUGGAGGCGGGAUUCAGACCCGGGAGGUCUACUGUGUCCAGACCAGCACUGACACACCGCCCAACCUCGGCUCGCUCAGGAGCAAAGAAGCACUGCGACCGAUGAACAGCGAUCUGUGUCUGGGUAUCACCCCGAACACCACCCAACUAUGCCAUAUCAGCUGUCCUGUUGAGUGUGAGGUGUCUUCUUGGAGCGCCUGGGGACCCUGCACCUAUGAAAACUGUCAGGACCAGGCAGCCAAAAAAGGCUUCAAACUGAGGAAGAGGAAGAUCGUCAAUGAGCCGACGGGCGGGACAGGCAACUGCCCCCACCUGGUGGAGGCAAUACCGUGUGAAGAUCCCAGCUGCUACGACUGGCUUGUGGUUAAACUGGAGGAGUGCAUCCCUGAUAAUGAGAAGGAAUGUGGACCAGGAACCCAGAUCCCACAAGUGCAGUGUAUCAACAGUGAUGGUGAAUAUGUGGAGAGGCAGCUCUGCCGUGAUGCCAUCCUGCCCAUGCCGGCCAUCUGUGAAGUGCCUUGCCCGAAGGAUUGUGCCCUGAGCCCCUGGACCUUGUGGUCUCUUUGUUCCCACACCUGCUCUGGGAAAAACACGGAAGGCAGGCAGACCAGAGCUCGCUCUAUCCUGGCCUAUAAUGCAGGAGAAGGUGGAAUCCAGUGUCCCAAUGUCAGUGCCCUGCAGGAGGUGAGAAACUGCAAUGACCAUCCCUGCACUGUGUACCACUGGCAGACCGGCUCUUGGGGACAGUGCAUAGAGGACUCCUCCAUCCCAGCCACCAACACGUCUGUGGGUCGAACACGGGGCGACGAUGCCUCCUGCUCAGUGGGGAUGCAAACCCGCAAAGUCAUCUGCGUACGGGUCAAUGUGGGCCAGGUUCCUCCAAAAAAGUGUCCAGAGAGUCUGCGCCCAGACACGGUCAGGCCCUGCUUACUGCCAUGCAAGAGAGACUGUAUGGUCACCCCAUACAGCGACUGGAGCCCCUGCCCAUCAACAUGCCAAGCAGGUGGUAGCACCAAGAAGAAGCAGUACAGGAAACGUAUUACCAUCCAGUUACCAGCCAAUGGGGGGCAGGACUGUCCUGAAGUGCUGACCCAGGAAAGAGAGUGUGAUGCUCCAUCUGUAUGCCCAGGAUACAGAUGGAAAACCCACAAGUGGCGGCGAUGCCAGUUGGUUCCAUGGUCAGUUCGUCAGGACAGUCCCGGAGCUCAGGAGACCUGUGGGCCAGGCCUGCAAGUUCGGGCUGUUUCGUGCCGGAAGCAGGACGGUGGGCAGGCAGACGUUGAAGCUUGUCUUCAGUUUGCCAGCUCCAUGCCGCCUCUCACACAACACUGCCAGCUGCCCUGCCAGGAAGACUGUCAGCUCAGCAGCUGGUCCAAGUUCUCCUCCUGCACAGCCGAUUGCGUGGGCGUCAGGACCCGCAAGAGGAUGCUAGUUGGGAAGAGCAAAAAGCACGACCAGUGUAAAAACCACCAGGUGUACCCCCUGAGUGAAACCCAGUACUGCCCAUGCAACAAAUACAAUGCUCAGCCUGUGGGCAACUGGUCAGACUGUGUCCUACCUGAAGGCGGCCGCAUGGAGGGUCAACUGGGCAUGAAGGUCCAAGGUGACAUCAAGGAGUGCGGCCAAGGAUAUCGUUAUCAGGCCAUGGUGUGCUAUGACCAGGACAACCGCAUCGUGGAGACCUCUCGCUGCAACAGCCAUGGGUACAUUGAGGAGGCUUGCAUCAUCCCCUGUCCGUCUGACUGCAAACUGAGUGAGUGGUCCAACUGGUCGCGUUGUAGCAAGUCCUGCGGCAGUGGGGUCAAAGUUCGCUCUAAGUGGCUGAGAGAAAAGCCCUACAACGGUGGAAGACCGUGUCCUAAACUGGACCAUGUCAACCAGGCUCAGGUGUAUGAAGUGGUGCCGUGCCUCAGUGAUUGUGGGCAGUACGUGUGGGUGGCAGAGCCCUGGAGUGUGUGGAAGGUCAGCAAUGUGGACCUGAGGGAUAACUGUGGUGAAGGUGUUCAGACCAGGAAAGUCAGAUGUAUGCUGAACACUAUAGACGGACCCUCUGAGCAGGUGGAGGACUACCUGUGUGAUCCGGAGGAGAUGCCUUUGGGGGCCCGCAACAGCCGGCUGCCCUGCCCCGAGGACUGCGUGUUAUCAGACUGGGGAGCCUGGAGCCCGUGUCCACUGCCUUGCAGUGGGAACAGUACUCGAGAGAGGAGUGCUUACCCGCUCCGCCAGCCUGGAGAGGAGAAGGAGUGUCCUUCGACUAAAGAAACAGAGCCCUGCAAACUCAACAGCAACUGCUUCCACUACUCCUACAACAUCACCGAUUGGAGUACCUGUCAGCUCAGUGACAGAGCGGUGUGUGGAAACGGCAUCAAAACUCGCAUGCUGGACUGUGUGCGCAGCGACGGCAAAUCGGUAGACCUCAAAUUCUGUAAAGAGUUGGGCCUGGAGAGGAAGUGGCAGAUGAAUGCUUCCUGUGUUGUGGAAUGUCCCGUCAACUGCCAGCUAUCUGAUUGGUCACCAUGGUCCGAGUGCACUCACAGCUGUGGACUGGCAGGCAAGCUCUGGAGGAGGCGGACAGUGAUCCAGGCUCCCCAGGGCGACGGGAGGCCCUGUCCAUCCCAGAUGGAGCAGUGGAAGCCCUGUCUGGUGAAGCCGUGCUACAGCUGGAGAUACAGUGCCUGGUCUGAGUGCAAGUCUGAGGGAGCGAGGUGUGGAGAGGGCCUGCGCUUCCGGAACGUGUCAUGCUUUGUGUCGGACGGUUCGGGUCAGCAGGACAGCAGCCUGGUGGAUGAUGAGCUGUGUGGAGAUCUGGAGCCAUCAGUGGACGGAGAUACUCACAUUGUUCUGCAGGAGCCCUGUACUGUACCCUGUCCAGGAGAGUGCUACCUGACGGACUGGACUGUUUGGAGUCCGUGCCAGCUGAGCUGUGUAGGUGGGGACGAUCUGGGUUUUGGCUCAGUCCAGGUCCGUUCCCGAGCCGUGGUGGCACAAGAUCCAGAGAACCUGCUGCAGUGUCCAGAACAGGAGCUGGAGGCUCGGCCGUGUACAGAGGGUCAGUGUUUUGAAUACAAUUGGAGGACUGGACCAUGGAGGGGUUCAUCUCGCCAAGUCUGGUGUCAGCGCUCAGAUGGAUUAAAUGUCACAGGUGGAUGCCCACUGACAGCCAAGCCGAUGGCUGACCGAUCCUGUGACCCGCCCUGCACCAAGCCACGCUCCUUGUGCACAGAGGCGGGAGUGUGCGGCUGUGAGGAGGGCUACACUGAAGUGAUGACGUCCGAUGGCGUGCUGGACCAGUGUACAGUCAUCCCGGUGCUGGAGAUCCCCACUGCAGGUGACAACAAGGCCGAUGUUAAGACCAUCCGAGCCUUCAAUCCCACCCAGCCUGCAGCCAGCACACCAGGCAGGGCGGGGAGAACCUGGUUCCUGCAGCCCUUUGGCCCAGACGGGAAGCUGAAGACCUGGGUGUACGGAGUAGCAGCAGGGGCGUUUGUUCUGCUCGUCUUCAUUAUCUCCAUGACGUACUUAGCAUGCAAAAAGCCAAAGAAGCCACAGCGAAGGCAGAUGAACAACAGACUGAAGCCGCUGACUCUGGCCUAUGACGGAGACGCCGACAUGUAGAAGUCUUCCUGCUGACCACACUGACCUACAGACAUUCGUCCUACUGCAG